GCAGACGGUUUACAAGCUUGGGCAGAUACAGUAGCAGUCUAGCAGCCCCGUGUUGCUUCCACUGGUGUAAACCUGCUCGCGGAUUUAAUGCCUCACCUGCGUGGAUUAUCUGGUCCGGUCGGUCUGCCGCUCUGACGCGGAACGCGUCAUUUGACGUCACCGUGGGAGUGUCCACCAUUGGAAGAAAUGAACGGUCAUCAACACAAUCCUCUCAGCGCCCAUCAUGUGAUUUUUCUAAAUUUCAAUGGAAAUAGCUGACUAAGGUCUGACAGCCACUGGAUUUGGAGAAAAAAAAUUACCCUGAGGAAGCUGGACAUUUUCUUGGAUGAUUAAGCUCUUUUUCUGUGUUUUAAAGAUCCAUCACAGCCUCUUUCUAAUGACCACAAUUGAAGCCUGUCCUGAGUAGUGAGUCAGAAGAGGAGUGGCUGGCCUGAUGACAAGCAUGACAUUGAGCCAAGCCACAGAUGCAUGCCCACUCAAAAGGCCCUACUGAGCGCCAUCCCCUCUGCUUCCCGGCUCUCACCCAGCCUCUCAGAGGGGGGUGCCAGCGGGGCGUAGCUAGUCUCCUGCACCCCCAAGUAGAACCACGCUGUGAAACUGGAGGUCUCUGAUGGAUCAGGGUAGUAGUGAGCAGAGUCCAGAGGAGCCGGAUGCAGGAGGCCGAGCGGAGCCAGAGCUCGGCAGGAGGGCAUCAGAGUCCGAGCACGGCUUGUCCAAAAUCACCCAUAAUGCCCUGGAUAAUAUGGGAGCGUUUGGCCAUGGCCUGAAGCAGCUCUUCCAGCCGCAGCGCAGACGCUCCUCAGUUUCCCCACAUGACCCGGCCUCAUCCUGCACAGUCGCCCCUCCCUCCGAACCCGCUGAUGUAGGGCCAGAAGUAGGGGACACCCCUGCCUCCUCGGCCGUCCCUUUGGAUUCUGACAACCCUGCCACUUCCGCCCCUCCCGCAGCUCUGAGCCGUGUUCUGCAGCAGAUCAGAGGUCCACCGAUGAUGAAGCGGGGCACCAGCCUGCAAAGCCGCCGCAGCAAGACAGGAGGCACUGGGGAUCCUCCACCUAAAGGUAGCCCACAGAUCCAUAGGCGUAGUACUCAUGAGGCGCUGCUGCAGGCUGGACGCCCGCGAUCCUCCUCGACCACGGAUACACCCACCAGCCCAGCCCUGGUGGAUAUGCUGACAUCUGGUUACCACUCCACUGAAGAGCCUGAUAAGUUGGAUCGGUAUGAUGGAUUGUGCCCAGCUGUGUCACCCAAUGCCCUCCCAUACGGUGCAGAAGGGUACGACGUCGUUGACAGUACUCCGGACCCCCAGCGUACGAAGCAAGCUAUUGCGCAGCUACAACAGAAGAUCCUCAAGCUCACCGAACAAAUCAAGAUCGAACAAACUGCACGUGACGACAACGUGGCCGAAUACCUGAAACUUGCCAAUAAUGCAGACAAACAGCAGAGUGCACGCAUCAAACAGGUGUUUGAGAAGAAGAACCAAAAGUCGGCACAGACUAUUCAGCACCUGCAGAGGAAGCUUGAGCACUACCACCGGAAGCUUCGAGAGGUGGAGCACAACGGCAUCCCUCGCCAGCCCAAAGAUGUUUUCCGAGACAUGCAUCAAGGACUGAAAGAUGUUGGAGCCAAGGUAACAGGAGGCUUGUCAAGUUUCUCCCAAGCCACUCAUUCCGCAGCUGGGGCUGUGGUGUCCAAGCCAAGAGAAAUAGCUUCCCUCUUUCGCAACAAGUUCGGCAGUGCUGAUAACAUCGCAGCCUUGAAAGACUCUUUGGAUGAAACGCAGGGAGAUGAGGGUGUCGGAGGAUCGCGGACUCUUGGGACGGGACACUUACAAUCCAGCCCCAAGUAUGGCAGCGACGAUGACUGUUCAAGUGCUACAUCAGGUUCUGCGGGAGCUAACAGCACCCCUGGAGCCCCCGGAGGGCCCCCUAGCUCCAGGGGCAAUACUCUUGAUCAUGCCCAAGCCUCGGGCUUUGAUGCCAUACUCCAUGAGAUCCAAGAGCUCCGGGAGAAUCAAAGUCGAUUGGAGGAGUCGUUUGAAAAUUUAAAAGCCCACUAUCAGCGGGACUACACCAUGAUAAUGGAAGCCCUACAGGAGGAGCGAUUCAGGUGUGAACGUUUAGAGGAACAACUCAAUGACUUAACAGAACUGCACCAGAAUGAAAUUCUGAACCUGAAACAGGAACUUGCCAGCAUGGAGGAGAAGAUCGCCUACCAGUCUUAUGAAAGAGCAAGAGACAUACAGGAGGCGCUGGAAGCUUGUCAGACACGCAUCUCCAAGAUGGAGCUGCAGCAGCAGCAGCAGCAGGUGGUGCAGCUGGAGGGGCUGGAGAACGCCACGGCACGGACUCUGCUCGGAAAACUGAUUAAUGUGUUGCUAGCUGUAAUGGCUGUCCUUUUGGUGUUUGUGUCCACGGUGGCUAACUGUGUUGUCCCCUUGAUGAAGACACGCAGCCGCACACUUUCCACACUCCUCCUCGUAAUCCUGCUGGCGUUCCUCUGGAGGCACUGGGACGCCAUUUCAGAGUAUCUGCAUCGCUUUCUUCUGCACCCCAGAUGACCGACUUUGAGAAGCAUAUUUAAAUGAAGAAGAGACAUCUAUAGGAGGACAAUGCACUCGUACAAGGGGCUGAGCCUUAAUAGUCCUUUUUUCUUCUGCUUUUUCUCAAAACACCCAGGAGUGUGUGCAAGAUAUGUCACUUCACCACUUUCUGAAACGUGUUUUGAGAACAAAAGUGGAGGAAUUCAAAACGCUUGAUGUUUGACAUGGACUUUCCAUCUUCGAUGCAAUGGUGGCACAAGCACAUACUGUUAAGAGUGGAUGAAGUGUAAAUGAAGGAGGGGCUGAGAGAGCUGCACAAUUAAUUUCUCUCUUCUGAGUGAAUUUGUUUACAUGUGGGAAAUUUUGCAUUGAUUCUUCACAGAAGAAAUUCAGUUUUAUUACUUUUAAGCUCAUUCAAGUGGUAUUGUUUUUAAGUCACUAUUUUUAAUACAGCUGAUUGAUGCAUUUCUAUUCUCUUGUCAACUGCAAUGAGCUGACGGUGUUCUGCACAUUAGUUGUUCACAUUGCUUAUUUUGUGAACUUUCUCUCUUUUGGGUCUGCUUAUUCUGGUUUUUAAGUAUUUUGCCUUCCUCCUUUUACUAUCAAAUUUCAGCUUGUGUGACUGAAUAAUCUUGUUCCUGCUCACUACACACUGAAGAUCGCGGUGCCUGCACAUCAGCUACAUUGCUCUAGGCUUAGACUCCUCACUGGGUGAAAUAGUUGUGGGGUUAUUAAUGUUUUUUUUUUCUUCUGUUGGGUGUGGGGAGUCAAUAACACUGGUUCUGCCAGUCAGGGUACUGCUAUCAAAGUCUUUGUUAGGCGUUGCAACCCUGCCAACUUGGAUGCUACUUCUCUGGUGGCUUUUUCACUGCAGAACAACUAUCUAUGAAUUUAAUUAACAUACUUGAAGAGCUGCUAAAGUGCUCAAAGACUGUGCUUCCGUACUGUUUCUAUUAGUGACAAUGAAAAAGUAAGACUUUUUAGUUCAUUUUUUUUCUAUUUUAAAGAUAAAUAAAUUUGCUGUUUUAAAAGGUGAAGUUGAAA